CUCAAGCAUGCGCGCCAUGGGUCUCCAAACCCUGUAGUCGAAGGGCGUAUUGCUCUGCAAUGCCUAUGGGGCAAAUGACCUUUGCCGAUGCCAUGGGCGUCGCCUCCGCGGCGCUCUCACGGAUUCAGAACAUAUCGACCGAGAUGGUGGAGUUCUGCUUGAAGGUCGCCAUCCUCGUGUCCGACUUGGUGUUCAUCGCCGCCGCGUUCCCUGCAAAGUGGGAGUGGGCGUGCGACAGCGCCUGCAGGUGCGCGCAGCCGCUCCGCCUCUACGCAGCCGGGUGCGUCGUCAUCUGCUGCUUCGACACCCUGCUGGAACUCGCUCGGUGCCUGCUCGAGGGCUCCCUGGACCAGUUGCAGGCGCAGUGCAGCAACGUAACCUCCCACGCGGUGAGUGACCAGGGCCUGCUCGGCGAGGGCCUGGCUCCAGGCGCGGCCGCCGGCGCAGGCGGACCAUGCUCUCGCUGCCGCACUCGAACCCGUGGAACUACGUUAUCCAGGAGAAGAGCUCCAAGCAGAAGCGCAUGGCGGAACUCAGCCGGUUCUCCAUGGCGAUGACUACCGUGGUGGCGCUCGUCUACGCCCUCCUGUCGGCGCACGACGAGGC